ACGACCAGAUGAAGACGUGAUGUUUGACACCACUUCUUCUACCUCUCCAAUCCCAGAACCUGAUCUCGCGGCUCCUGUACCAGCCGGAGACAUCGUGGUGGAGGAUGUUGACACCGAGGACAGCAUUGACAUGAGCGUGCCCAUAAGCCAAGCGAGACAACCAGCGGAGCUUGAUGGUGAAAUACAUGGCAAGGCACUGCCAACACGAGCGACAGAACUGCGACUAUUAUCGGAUGACGAAGAAGAACUGGCUGCAAUGCAUAAUGUCGUGCGUCGGGGGGCGUCGAAUUAUGAACGGCUCUUGUACUACCAUACAGAUUUACAGUAACAGUAUCGUAACUCUUUCUCUUUUUGAUUUGAAGACUUCGUACAAGUUACUUCGUAUAUUCCUUUGUGUAACAACUAACUACAUGAUAGAUGAACUAAGAGGACAAAGCAGGAUCAGCUCUAACUUAAAUCUCGUUCAAGGGAGGUGGCACGCUUGCCCUCAAUGAGGGAGAUGGAAAUGCAAGGAGGUGGUUCAGAAACCGAAUCUCAAACGACCAAGGAACCACACGAAGAACGAUUUGCAUCGUUGAACUUGUUGUUAUGAAAAAAUGCAACAAAAGGAGCGCUGCUAGUUGUCUCACCUCUUUCGAUUGUCCUUCUAGGUCUAGUGUCCAUAGGAACCAACGACAAAUUUCUCACUGGCUAUGACAAAUACAUAGAGAAGUCUCGUCCAGCAGCAUCUGCCCCCCUACUAACUUCUAAAAUCCUAUCACACCAGUGUAAACCAACUCGUGGGCGUUUCGGAUCGGCGUGAUCGUGAAAAUCGAUUAAUUUUAAGGCUACCGCUGAAGCAUCCUCAGGAUCAUCAUCCUUCGCCCUGUUUCUACUUGAAAAACUGACCAAGGAUACAGCCAGGGAUGCUAACGCGGUAGUUCUAAUGAUUACUGCACUUAAGCGUAGCUUGCGUUGCGAACCGCCGGUUGCGCAAGUGUGGCUUUGGCAAAAGGUAUCCCAACAUGUGAAAAGCAAUAGUGCGAGGAAACGUGUAAAUCAUCAGCUGGCUGCGCUUCUGACCGAAUGAGUGACGAAGUUCGGUCCUUAGACUUGACCCAGACGAGGCUAGAGUCUGUUGGAGACCCAGACCUUGUUUUAUAAUCAAUGAGAAUAGGUUUAGGUGGUAGGCAGAGGAGUAUCGCUAUCUUCUUCGUUUAAUUAAUCAUGAGCAGGUCUUUUACGUUUCGUUUCGUUUCGCAGUCCACUGUCUUGUACAAUGAGUUGGAUUAAUACUGAGGUUCAGACAUGAAGUACAUGACCGUCGGGUCCUUAGACUUGACCAGGGAGGUUUAGGCAUGAAGUACAUGAUCAUGGCGAUGACCCGAAGACCUAAAAAUAAGUUCCAGUACAACAUGUUGCUGCUCCUGAGUGAAAGGGGUGAAAGGGAGUAAGUGGACUCUCACUUCUUAACCCUAUGUAUGGCGCAUUCUUUCAACACUGCGUGAUGGUACAUUCCUUAGUCUUUAGAGUGCCUGUGACUUAACUUCGCAUGACACCUUUGUUCUUCAAUAGUACUUACUAGUCUCUAGUAGUCUACUCUCCUCACUAAUCAUUCGUACCUCUUUAGGACUAGCUGGCACAUUGAUUCCCUCAAGACCACUCGGUAAGAGGUUUCGAAGGAGCAUGUGGAGGAAGAUGUCCAGCUGGCGCUCCAGUCGAAUCUUGCCCCAUGCUCGAACCUUCAAUUCCUCAAAAGACACAAAUUUUCACCAAUCGACCGAUAGAGGGGCACGCUUAUCCCAAAGCAUCGCGUGCUUCACGUCCUCCUGUAAUAGUUGUUUCUCCAACAUCAUGAAUAAGAAUAAGCGUAAUCCUCGUUUGCCUUAGUAUCGCUUGAGAGCUUUUUCCUUAGGACCGAAUACUAGCACAGUAGCUGAGAUACUUGUAAUGAUAUCGGAUAUCCUAAUCCUUAACCUUAGGUUAGUAUACCUAUCCACAACUUAACAGCCCUAGUGCCAUGAAUUUCCUCCACACACACGACUUAGUGCAUUUUCUUAUUGCAAAGUAACAUAUCUUCUACAUAGAAAGCAAGACUUUGACCGCACCCGCAUCAUGUCACACGCCGGCAAAAACUGACUGCGUCGUAGGCUGUUUAGUCGACUUGACGCGUGACGGGCUUUCACUGCAUGACGAGCACUUUGUCAUAGAAAGACAAGAAGGGCAAAAAGCAACACUCGUGAUACUUAUACAUCGGUAUACACAAACAACCAAAAAGCAGCAUGUACCCCUUCACACUCCCACGGAAAACUACGUGGAAUGAGAUGUUACUAGCAGUAGUGAAUGGAGAAGCUUUUCCCUCAUUUUCCGCUUCCGCAUCAUCUUAGCGCAGGGUACUGAUUCUACUGCUACUGCCCCCGAAUCAUCUCUAGCGCUAUUGUGCAGUAAAUAGUUACAAGGCCGUAGAGCCGCUCUAGACAGUCCCCCUACCUGUGCGUGCGCGGCAUUGUACGUAGCGACGAUAGCCGUGUUUUGACGUCGCCGUGACCUCCAUAGAUUGCAGAGAAACAGUAAAAGACUUCAUAAAAGCUUAGGAUUUCAUACGUAGCAGUAGCCCUUCCACCCCUCAUCCUCGGAGUCGAGUAGGUGCCGGCGGAACUCGAUGCGAAGGAUCCAUAACGUAAUCUAACCUUCACCGGCACCACGUCAAAAGGCAGCUUUUAGUUUUCCUGACUUCCACUGUCUUCUACUUCUAAUUCAGCUUAGUUUUCAUGAUUACGUCUACGUGGUCGUUGUGUCUUCCAAUUAAGCCUAGUUGAUAAUCGUAAUCUUCCUUUUUACCCACGAAGACUCAAUCGCAGAGGAUGACCGUUGUCGAUGCGUGCGAGGGUUUUUUCAGCCAUGAUUUCAGUAAGAAGUUUUAAGUUUUUAAUUUUUGGCUGUUAUGAUCAUGGGGAUGGGAGUCAAUCAAUAGGUUCUUUUCGCGCCUUUUAUGGUGCUUGUUGAUCAUGACAUUGUCACAAUCGCAAGUGAUCCAAUAGAGAUGAAGGCUACAAUCGCAAGUUUGGUGAGACACUGUAUUCACGUGUCUAACCCUUGAUUACUGUGGUCGAGACGAGACACUGUAUUAAUAACGCGCCUAAGACACGGAAUCACUAACUACACCAUCUUCCUUCUACAUUGUUGUUUUGUGCAUCAUAUUUCCCUACAGCUACAGGGAGGACGCUCCUCAAAAAACGAAUGCAAAGAAUCGCUUCUCAUUUUGUUCUAUGUUGUGUAACAAAUUUGCUCCUGUGCCGCGCUUGUUGUAGUCACAAUCACAUUGUGAUGUGGGACCAAAACGUAUUCCAUGACUAGUGAUUUUGCCCGAUG